UGAAAUAUGAAUGCUGAAAAAUUAAGCAAACUUCAAUCACAAGUUCGAAUCGGUGGCAAGGGUACAGCACGUAGGAAGAAAAAGGUUGUCCAUCGUACAGCAACAACUGAUGAUAAAAAGUUACAAAGUUCGCUCAAAAAAUUGACCGUUAAUUCUAUUCCUGGUAUUGAAGAGGUUAAUAUGUUCAAAGAGGAUGGUACUGUUAUACAUUUUACAAAUCCAAAAGUACAAGCAUCAUUGGCGGCCAAUACAUUCGCUAUAACUGGUCAAUCGGAACAGAAACGUAUAUCGGAUAUGAUGCCUGGUAUAUUGAAUCAAUUACGACCGGAAAAUCUAAAUCGUUUGAAUAAUUUAUUCAGUGAUUUAGCCGGUGCUGGUGGUCAAUCAAAUAAUGUUGCCGAUUUAUUGGCUGCAGCUGCUGCAGCACAAAAACAACAACAACAAGAACAAUCGGAUGGUAGUAAUGUUGGUGCUGCUGCUGGUGCUGGUGCUGGUGCUGCUGCUACUGGUACAUCAUCAUCGAUUAUUGAAGAAGAAGAUGAUGAUGAAGUACCGGAAUUGGUACAGAAUUUUGAUGAAGCUGCCAAGAUUCAUGAAACAAAGUGAUUUGAAACAGAAUUGAUAAUGAAUGCGAAACAUACACACACACAUCACACCCCAUAAUUUGAAUUUAAUUUUUUUUUUCUUUUUUUUGAAACUUUAAAAAAUGCCACUUUUAUAUAACCAAAAAAUGAAAAUAACGAGAAGAAAAAAAUACACACACACACACACACACAAUAUAUGCUUAUUAAUAAAAAUAGCUGAUGUUUAUAUUUUUUUUCAUUUCAACAAAAAAAAAAAUCCGGAAGUUGAAAUUUUGUAAUGUUUUUCUCUAUUAUUUCGCUGAUGAAUUAAAGAAAAAAAUGUGCAACAGACAUUGGUCGGUUGCCAUUGGUAACUCAA